ACAGGCAUGGUGCCCACGCCCCAGGUGUGCGUAUCAACCCUGGUCACGGUGAGCACGAUGGCGGUGGUCGACCUCUACCUACUGGAGCAGAGCAUGCUGGGCACUCACGGCCAUCCAGGACCAAGUGUCUGGCAGUGUGCGGUGGUGUUGCUAGGAGAUGUGGGCUUCCUGCUGGCGCUGCGCUUCGUGUCGGCCGGCGUGGUGUCAGAGGUGCGCUCGCCACGGCGGGGUUUUGCCAAUGCCCUUUGGUUCCUCUUCCUCUCCAUGCUCCAGCUCAAGCUCUUCUUCGUCUGCCACAACUACAGACAGGAGCGUCGGCCGCCCGACCCGCUGGCCAGGAAGACCCUCACACUGCUGCUGUCCAUCUGCCUGCCCUCCUUGUUCCUCAUCCUGACCGGAGCCGACCACAUGACCCCUCAGCGCAGGAAGCAGGAGGUGCGGGGUCGGCUGCUGUGGGUGAUCGUGGACCUGCUGGACAUACUGGACCUGCAGGCAGGGCUGUGGGAAGUCCAAGGAGGGGUCUCAGCGGGGACUGGAGGGGUUGUUGAACAGCAGCUUCCAAUCUGGGCCGAGGGUCUGGUCUUCUUUUACUGCUACGCCCUCCUCCUGCUGCUGCCGUGCGUGGCCCUCACAGAGCUUGGGGCCACCGGUCUGCCAGCACAGAGGGGGCCCCGUAAGGAGGCUUUGUACCCUUGGCUCAGCUUGGUCACCGUCAACAUCUUCACCCUGGCUCUGAGGGGCACGGGCAUGCUAUGGUACCGGGACCCCCGUGUGUCCACUGUGUUCCUGGGGAAGAACCUGCUGGCUCUGGCUGUGAAGCUGAGCUCGGCCUGGGAGAGACACAAGCAGGAGCGAGCUUCUGCGGGAGCUGGGACCGUGGCUGGAGCGGAACCAGGAGAGUCAACUCUGCCAAGCCAGAGCUUGGAGCAGGGAGAGGGAGAGGCUCAGGGGAAAGCUCCUCCUUCUCAUUACCACUCACUGUCUCGCUCCCAAAGCCACACGCUCUCCCACGUCAGCCUGGAGCCUGCAGAGACGCCCUUAGGACCCUCUUUCAUCUCCCACGAACUCUAG